AUGACUUUAAAGAGAGUAUCUUCAGUAUUUAAAAACCUGUCACAACCUGAGGAAGAUGCAGAGAAAGCACCGACAGGUUCUGUGUAUUCUAGAGCCUCUGAAAAACCUAAGCCUUUUGGCCAGGAAGAGCAAAUCGUUAACGAUGGAAUUGCCCCACCACGUAAAAUUCUUUUUCCACCUGAGAAAAUCUGCAUGGAUUGGCAACAGCCACUGAACGUUGGAGUUGGACUGUGGAAUCUGGGCAAUACGUGUUACCUUAAUGCUACUUUACAAUGUUUGACGUACACACCUCCUCUGGCCAAUUACAUGCUGUCUCUUGAACACAGCAAGUCAUGUCACGAAAAAGGCUUCUGUAUGAUGUGUACAUUGGAAGCUCACGUUAACCAGGCCCUGUGUUUCUCUAAUAAUGCUAUCAAACCUAUAUCUGUUAUCAAUGGCCUUAAAAGUAUAGGAGAACAUUUCUGUUACGGCAGUCAAGAGGAUGCACAUGAAUUCUUGUCCUUCACUGUUGAUGCUUUGCAGAGAGCUUGCUUGAAUGGAAGCACCACAUGGGACACAUCUUCUCAAGCCACUACACUUAUUUAUCAAAUAUUUGGAGGAUACCUAAGAUCCCAAGUAAAAUGCUUGAACUGCAAAGCCGUUUCGGACAGGCACGAGCCAUUCCUCAGUAUUACUUUGGAUAUAGAGACCGUUACGUCUCUCACUGCGGCUCUAGAACAGUUUGUGAAACCUGAACAACUGGACGGAGUAAACAGCUAUAAGUGUAGCAAGUGCGAAAACAUGGUUCCUGCCUCCAAGAGGUGCACGAUACAUCGCUCCUCCAAAGUUCUCAUCGUAUCACUGAAAAGAUUUGCAGAUUUUACUGGUGGCAAGAUCAACAAGGAUGUGGAAUACCCUGAAUAUUUGGAUCUUCGAGCAUAUAUGUCCCAGUCAAGGGGAGAACCACUCAUGUAUUCUUUAUACGCAGUUCUUGUUCAUUCUGGUUUCAGCUGCAAUGCAGGACACUAUAUCUGCUUCAUAAAGGCCGGCAAUGGGUUUUGGUAUCGAAUGAAUGAUGCCAUAGUGGAGCGUUCCGAUAUCAAAACGGUUCUCAAUCAGCAAGCUUAUUUACUUUUUUAUAUCAGGCGCUACGAUUUGACAGUUGGAGAACGUGGUUUUUACUUACCAGCAACUUCUUAUCCCCAUUCAUUCCUUGGUCAGCGGGGGCCUAAUAGUAAGCAGGCUGGAUUUAUGGGAGCACGGCUUCCUCCUCGUAUGAUUAAGAUACCUGUAGCUGAGUCACCGAUUCCUCAAGAAAUAGUCUUAGAAUCCCUGGCCUACAGCCACCUGAACAGGUUGGCAGAGAAAACAAGGUAA